CUUUUACUUUUCCGAGGCAGUUAUCGCUGACCCAACCAGAUACACUUUGGCAUUUAAUAUCAAUGUAACUGCUAAUUGUUUAUUGUCUGAAACUAUCAUUUGUCUGUCAGUGUGCGAAUAAUUUCUAAAUAAAGUGUAGUAAAGAACCCCCAAUAUGUCAACUUUUCUGUAUGCAUUUGAAACUCCCUUUUUUCCUAUUUUCAUGAGUUCAUUGGCAGGUCUUGUGAAUUACUCUGAUGAGGAAGACUCGUCUUCAGUUGACGAACAAGAAACCAUAUUAGUUCAAAAGCCAAUUCAAAAGCCAAAUCCUCCACCUGAAUCAUCAACUCAACUACCAUCACAACAGCCUAUACAACAAAUAUCAGAAGCAACCGCAUUAAAGAGUAGACUCUUAACCGCGCUCACGCCAAAACCAAUAGAAGGUAUAGAGAAUUGGGGGAUUCCAGAAGAACCAAAAGGACAAUGCGAUCCAGAAAGAUCGGCGAAAAUUGCACACUUUUUAUCACUAAAAGCAUCCGGACACAGACUCAAUGAUCAUCUUGCUCAUAAUAAAGCAUUUAGAAAUCCAAGAAUUUAUGCAAAAUUGGUCGAGUUUAUAGAAGUGGACGAAAUUGGAAGUAAUUUUGAUCCAGCCGAUUUUGACCCACAUGGAUUCAACAAGUCAUUCUAUAUUGAUGGUAUUCUCGAUACUCAGCGACGGCUUGCAGAAGAAAAGGCAAAAAGGACAUCCGUGCAGUUUGUCAAGAGUGAGAUGACACAGGAGCAAUCGGAAGCAAUGGCAAAGGCGAUGGCCAACGCGGCCAAGGUAGCAAGUAAGAUUGCUGGUGAAAAGCGAAAGGGUAAAUGGGAUGGUGAUGAAGGUAGUAGUAGUAGUAGUAGUAGUAAUAAACCUCGCCAUUAA